UUGUGAGACUGGUAGUUCCGGAGCGAUCCCGUCGUUCUGCGUCGUCGGCCUUCGUCUCGGCGCCUCUCCAAAAGUAAAAGUCAAGCCUUGCUCUCUUGGCCGACGCAGACGCCGAACAACUCGUGUACGCAAGCAGCGCUGCCAAUAAUUCUUCCGCAACGUCUCCAACUCGCCGCGCUUGCGGAACCGCAAUACCGAAACAAAUAACCCUUCUCGCGGCGCGUUUGCGGCACCGGGGGCCUGCAACACGUUGCUCCAGCAGAGUUUUCACGCGUGUCGCGUCAUCAGAGAUCGUCCGCCUGUCUCCACGCGUUACUGCGGCUGCCACAGCAACGCAAUCACCGCUCAUUAUCAACGCAGGUCAACUUCAUGUUGCCCACGCGCCGCCUCCUGUACACAACUCUCGCGCUCUCCGGAGGCACUCGCGCACUGAAACCGCCGACGACGCGCGUAAGGACCAUGAGCGCACUCGCGACAACCAACACCGUCGCCAACAAGGAUGGUGCCUACGUGCGCCACGCGGCCAAGCACCGCACCGACGCCGUCGAGGCUGAGGCAGGCCGCUACCACCUGCACGUCGCGCUCGCGUGCCCGUGGGCCGCCGGCGCUCUCUCCAUGCUCUACCUCAAGGGCCUCGAGGACGCCAUCUCGCUCUCGGUCGUGCACCCCACCUGGCAACGCACGCGCCCGGACGACCCGGAGGACCAGCACUGCGGCUGGGUCUACCGCGCGCCGGGCGACGCCCCGCUCUCGAACCCGCUCGGCCACGGCUCCUAUGAUUGUGACGACGCGUUGAUUCCGGACCCGACCGGCGCGGCCUCCAUCCGCGACGUCUACGCGAAAGCCGGCGACGCGAGCGGCCCGUUCACGACGCCGGCCCUCUUCGACAAGAAGACCGGGAAGCUCGUGUCGAACGAGUCGAUGGACAUCCUCAAGCUGCUGAACUCGGCCUUUGAUAAAGUCGCGAAGCAUCCCGAGCGGACCUUCUACCCCGGCGACUUAGCGGGUGACCUCCAGACGCUCAACGAUGAGUUAGUUUAUCCGAACGUAAACAAUGGCGUCUACCGCUGCGGCUUCGCCAAGUCCCAAAAAGCCUACGACGCGGCCGUCGCGGGCUUAUUCGAGGCGCUCGAAGAUUUAGACAAGCGCCUCGCGUCCCAACGCUUCCUGGGCGGGGACAAGUUCUCGUGGCUGGACCUGCGGUUGUAUCAUACGCUCGUGCGCUUCGACCCGGUCUACGUCGUCUAUUUCAAGACGAACGUCAAGCGCAUUGCCGACUACCCGAACCUCGUAAACUUCGUGCGGGACGUCUACCAGUCCGUCGAACCGGUGCGCCGCGCGACGAAUAUCAAGCACAUCAAGAUGCACUACUACACAUCGCACCCGGCGCUCAACACCUACGGCAUCAUCCCGGCCUCGAUGGGGCCCGACCUCGAGGCGGAGCAUGGCCGCGGCGCGGCCGACGGGGUUUACUUCACGCACUAGCUUGCUAACUGUGUUUGUGAUCUUA